CGUGGCUUCGAGCGGGGAAGAGGCGGAGCCAGGGGCGGGGGCGGAGGAGAAGGGCUGGAGAGUGAGUCUCACCCAGCCAGCUGAGUUGAGAAAGAGAGAGAGAGAGGCCGGCGCUGUUUAAGCAGCGGCAGGGGAAGGAGACGCGACACUCCCCCCCCACAGUCGGUCAGUUGGUUGAGGCCGUCGCGUGGCCAGUCAGUCGCUGCGUCCGCCCGCAGGUAACGGCUGUUGCUCGCGCCGGGGGGGGGGGGAGAGAGGAGGUUGGUCGGGGAGGCGGGUCGCUGAGGAGGUGGGGGCUGCCUGGCUGCUUCCUUCCCGUCUCACCCCCCCCUCCCUGCUUCGGCGAAGACCCUUGUGCGUGUUGGUGUGGUGUUUUCCCUGCGUGUUUUCUUAACCCACGCGCAAAACGCUCCCCUGCCCCCUCCUUACUUCGCUUGAGGAAUAAACAAUAACAGCCUCCCCUCCCCCCUCAAACCAGGCCCCUCCUUCGCCUUGUCACAAUAACGUCCUCGCCCUCCUCUCCCCCCCCCUUGUCCCUUUGCAUCAUCCCGCGGCGGCCGCACCCCCCCCCCCCCCGCCGCCGCCAACUCCUCAUCCUCCUCCACAUCCUCGAGCGCAAUAACAAGCCCUCCUGCUGGAGCUUGGGCGGCCCAGCCUCCUCCUCCGCCAGCCCUGUCCCUCCCCGAGAGCGCAAAAGGCAACGUCGGCCGCAACAACAACAACAACGUCGACAACACAACGCCCUUUGUGCAGCCUCAGCCGCGUACAAACUGUAAGCUCUUUCUCUCUUUUUCUUUUCCCCUCGCCACCAAUGGAUCCCUAACCUCAACCAAAAACAGUGAAGGGUCCUGGGGGCCUUGUUCCGCUGCUGUUACUGUCUUCUUGUAGCUGUUGCAUGACUAGCAAGUUCUUUGUCGUGUUAAAAAGUCUGCUUUCUUUGUUUUCUUCUUCCCCCUUUCUUUACCACCUUGAAAAGCUGCUUUUUCGUGUCUGGGCGGCCGGGUCUGUUUGAGAUGUUCACAAAUAGAUCAAUUACUAUAGCCUCAAACACUUAACAACUGUAAAUUACAUAUGUUGGAAAACAGGUCAGGCUCUGCUUCCGGUCUUUUCCUUCUUUGCUUCUUUCCCCUACCCUGGCUGCAUUAUUCUACGAUCCAAAACAGGCCAGGGACAAUAACUUUUUCUCUCGUUUUCCCUUAAACAGAUAUUGGCACCUUGCUUUUCAAUUCCAGGAGGACACCUGCUCAGAAUUAUUAGUGCCCCCGUCACUUCGUUGUUCCAAAUGCUCUAGCUUUGGAUUAGUAUGGUCACUUCCUUGAUUUAUAAUCCUAUAAGCAGCCUCAGCGUUCUUCCCAUAAUUUACAAAUGAGUGACAUCAGUAUUUCCCAGAGCAGAGUGUUGAUAGGAAGUUUUUUUGGGGGGGAGAGACUGUUGAUUUGCUUUUCUGAUGGUGUGGUACCAGUGACUUGGGGCCCACAGGUCUCCCUUUGUCAGCUGUUUCCUCUUAUUUGUUGUCAAAUCGCCUGUGCUUCUGGGAAAGUCUCAUUCUCAAACCAGACAUGGGCAGAACCUUUGCUGAUUGGAUGUCGUACGCCAUGUGACCAGAAUCAGGGCGCGCUCCCUUCCUCCACCACCUUCUUUGUGUGUAAUUACUGUUUUGGAUAAUAAGAGCAGGACUGUAUGUUCUGGGUCUUCUGGGGGAGGUGGCAGAAACACACUCCUCUUGCGGUGCUCUGCAGUGGCUGUUGAGAGAGGUGGAUCCUGCUGCAGUGGGGUGCUGCUGCUGUUACUGCUGUCGUCUCGCUUUACUGUCUACCAAACAGAGCAGCUGCCCAAGUGAUUAAAACAUUAUCAGAGCGGAACAGGCUCUGCUUUCCUUCCCUUCUAAUGUUUUAGUUCUUUAUCCCCAAGUAUGGUUGUAUAUGACUCAUAAUGAUAUCUGCAUUAUUUAGAAAGGGUGGAUUUUUUUUAUUUAACUGUUGAAUAGUGAUUUAAUUCUUUUUCAGAUCCUUCCUACCUCCCCUUCCUGGUGAUGUAUCACCUUCUAAAAUGUCUUUAGGGUCACCAUAUAAUUAUGAAUAUUUAGGAACUUUAUUUUAUAUAUAUUACCUUGAGCUCAAACUUAAAAAAAAUAAUUUAGGAUGUAGUGUUGAUAACAUUUAGUACUCAGCAUCUCAUUGAAAUCAAUGGCUGGUUCAAACAGAAUUUACCUCAUGUUGUUCAGCUUACUGUUGUGCAACAAGGUACAUUUUGCAAACAUACUGAAAGCAUCAUAUAAAGUUACCUAAGUAACAGUAAAGUGUUUGAAGCACUUUAUUUUGAUUCUCCUUACAGCAAUCCUAUAAGACAGAUAUAUGUGAGGCAGAGAAGGUUUGUCAUGAGGUAGUGGAAGGUGUGAAAUAUGAAUCAGAUACUACCUAUUUUUAUUAUCAGUCUCUUACUUCUCCAUGCCAGUAUAUAGUACCAGUAUGAAAUACCACAUUGCAAAUAGCUCUUCUCCCAUGAUAUCAAGAGGAAGAGGAAACAUGUAUACCACUGUUUUGUACCCUCAUACGUGGCCAGGGCAUUCUCUGAAGGCACAAGAUGCAAUCACUUUGCUGCACCUCUAGAUGUGAUCAGUGUCUGGGUGGGAGACUUCAUGUGAAGUGACUUGUGCAGACUUAUUAUUCCAUAAUGGAUGAAAAAAGGUAAGGGAAAUGGGAAAGGAAUUGCAUUUAUUUUUUCUGAACUCAGGAACCUGUGGACCAUGGGAAGCCUACAUGUAAGACAAUAACCUCAAUGAUAACAAAAUUAUAGAAAGUCAGUGCUCCGUGUUAAGGAUUUCCCAGAGUUCUUAGAAUUCCUAAGUAGGGGAAACCCUACAUUAGAGCUCCCAUAGCUUAAAUAAGUUGCAAGUUAUCUCAAGCAUGCGUCUUUUGAAAUGGUACUUAAAGGACACAUACAACCAAUGUAUUUUAUUUACAGAAAAACAUUUUUCAUCUUAUUCUGGAUCUGGACUCUGAUACUCCACAAACAACUGUACUUACAGUGGUACCUCGGGUUACAUACGCUUCAGGUUACAGACUCUGCUAACCCAGAAAUAGUGCUUCAGGUUAAGAACUUUGCUUCAGGAUAAGAGCAGAAAUUGUGGUCCGGCGGCGCAGCGGCAGCAGGAGGCCCCAUUAGCUAAAGUGGUGCUUCAGGUUAAGUACAGACCUCCAGAACGAAUUACCGUAUUUUUUGCUCUAUAGGACACACUUUUUCCCCUCCAAAAAUUAAGGAGAAAUGUUUGUGUGUCCUAUGGAGCGAAUGCAGGCUCCCUCCGCGCUCUGAAGGCUACGCGUUGCUUUCGCUGAAGCCUGGAGAGCCAGAGGGGUAGGUGCGCAAGGCGUGGCUUCUGAUUGGCUGAUUGGCCCCAGAAACAAUGCCAACAGCCGAAACGGAUGUUCAACUUCUGAAAAACAUUCACAAACCGUAACACUUACUUCUGGAUUUGUGGCAUUUGGGAGCCGAUUUGUUUGUCAACUAAGCUGUUCGGGAACCGAGGUACCACUGUACAUGAUUUUGGCUUUAUACACUAUCCCUGGAACAUAACCCCCAUAUUAGUUGAGUCAGCUGUAUACCAUGCAAGGGGCUGUUUAGAAACUUGUGACUAUAUUUAAUUUUGAAUUCUUUGUUGUUAGAGUUAACUCUGAUUAUCUGUUUCAUUUUCUCAUCAAAGACAGAUAAUGUUAAUAACUGGGAAGCAAUUUUGUGAGAUUUUAAAAUGAGUGCUUAGUGUUUUUACAUAUAAGUUGCCAUCUCGAAACCCUAUGAAAAUAGUUGUAGUACAUCAUUUCCAUUGACAUCUAGUGAAUUCAGUGCACUUUACAUGUAGAAGUUUCCAAACAGUUAUGUAUAUUGGUGGCAUUUAAGUGUAGAAGAGCUCAUUUUAGAAAUUUGAAUAUUGUGUAAAUUGAAUAAAUAUGAGUGUAAAAUAUCCAUUAUUUGCUUAAUUAUUUUUUUAAAAUAAUCAGAUGACUUUAUCUAAAACAAGCAUGAGAGUUGUAAUGCGCUGUUGAAUGGUGUCUAUAAGAAUGUGGGAAGGAAAGCAUCUCAGUCAUAAGUAAAACCUGCACAUGCAUGCUGCUUGCAAGGACGCCUGGGUCUUCUAGGUUUCCAUUUUGCAGGAAAGUAGAAUACUGUACAGCCAGUAUCCUGGACACUUCAGUAAAUUAUACUGUCUCAAGCAUUGCUGUUGUCUUUGUCUUUCCCAUGGGACCAGAAAAGCAGAAGUCUUUAUGGCAGGAACAUGAUGUUAAAAAAUUAUUUUGAAUCUUCUUCAUAUACAUCUGCAUUUGGGGAGUUUUAGUGACAUUGGGUAGAAAAGGCAGAGUAACAGAAUCCAGGUUAUUGUAGUGGAUGUUCUCAAACUUCCAAUCAAUAGUUGAGUAACUUAUUACACCAGUACUCUAGCCAUAGAAGGGUGGGUAACAGUAUGAGAUUGUUCUCAGUGUUAGAAACUCAGAUAUAUUAGCAAGAUGCCAAAUAGCUCCUUAAACUAAGGUUACAGUCACCAAAAUGGAAUGUCUAGUUGCCAUUUUGGGGUAUUGGUGUCUGAAAACAGUCCAGAUCCAAUGAUCCCCAGGCAUGUACCUUCAGAUGGUGAAGAUUGUCAGGCACCAUCCUGGCACCCAGGCAUCUUCACUUGGUUGUAAGUGCUCGAUAGGCAGGUGCAAAAUGCACCUGGGUAAUUUUGAACACUUGAUUGUUCUAUUCAGGGGAGUGCCUUUGUCACUAGUAAGAUGGCUGGAUUUGGAUUCUCCAAUGUUCUGGGACAAUGCAUUAGGCUUCUUGAAAGGGAAAAUACCUUAAUUAGGCUUGCUGCAUUGUCUAGCCAUCUAAUGUCUUCUCUAACUGGCUGUGGCUUCCCAGGAUCUUGGGCAGAGAGGUAUUUCCCAGCAUUGUGACCUAAGGUUCCUUUACCUAGAUUUACCUUCUAGUAUGUUCAUGUAUUUAGAUCUUUGCUUCCUAAUCUGAAAAAGUUAUGUGCCUUUAAAAUUUGCACCAGCUCAUUAGAAAGUGGUGCCAGAUUUAGAAUAUAAAUAUCAGCAUGGGGGGAUAGGGUGUAAACUAGCCUUUUAAUUGAGCACAAUAAUUACAUGUAGUCAAUGCUAACUUCUUGUUUAAACCUAUUCAAGUAGUGGUAGGAACUGGGCAGUAAAGAAAAAGGAAUGCCCAGUUAGAAUGAGUGGUGGCACCAGUUUCAAGAAUAACUUAAGUACUUGAACCCGUUUCAAUUCAUGGAAAAAAGGAUCUGUAUAAAAGGAAGAAAAUGUUGAAAAGUUUAAUGAUUGGUUGCCCUGAGGCUAUGAUUUUCUAAAUUUAGUCCCUAGCAUGAAUACUCAGAUCUUUGUGCUCAAAUUGUUCAUUUUAAUAAUAGGUUGUUUAUCCAAAUUCUACAUAUAGCCCACACAAGAACAGAAGUGACAAUAUAAAACAAAAGGAAAGUCACAGUGCGUUUGGAUUUCUCUUCUCUCUAGCGCACUCUCUCUUUUCUUUUAUGCCCCGCCCCCCGGUUAAUCACUUCUACUGGGUGGGUUUUGAUGGCUUUUUGUUGUUCAGCUUGCAUCAUUCUUGUGAGCCAUUAGUAGUAUUUGUUGUUUUAUAAUAUGCAUUUAGGAUGUAUGGUUAUAAGUUUAUAGGCACCCCAUCCCUGGCUAUAGCCAAUAUGAUGGUCAGACAAGCUUGCUUUCACAUAAAUUUAUUGUGUUCCAUUUUAAGCCAGUAAUGGAUGAUAUCCAGUGUUAGUCAUACACAGGAGGAGAUUCAGCUGGUUCCUCCCACCAUUCCUCUGCAUCCAACUAGUCCCUGACAACUUGAUACCAGGGAUUAAACCUGGGACUUUGCAUGCAGCCAUGUUCUAUAUCAUUAUGACAUAGCCCUUUCCCCAGCUACUCUUCUUGGGCCCAUCCAUAGUCUUCUUUCAGCAUCUCUGUUUGCUAUACUUGGCACAGAACCUAUGGGCCAAACUAGAUAUUUAAAGGAUUUUUACCCUGCUCUUCAGUUAAAAAGGCUCCCAGAAUAGCUUGCAAAGUUCAGUAGUAGAACAGUCCCUGUCCUCAGGCUUACAAUCUAAAAGGCAAGAAGGAAAAAGGAUUGAAAGGGGAGAAGAAAAAGCAAAUGGACAUUAGUUCUUAGAGUUCUUGAAAUGAUAAAUUAGAAUGGAAAUUGUUCACGGCAAGGAGGAGCCAAAAGUUGCAGGCUUCUCAACAGAGAUAAUGGAGAAGCCCUUCUGUCCCAUUUCUUGCUCUGUUAUAGCCAGUCACAUGUGACAAUAUUCUGACUCCUUGUCAAAGAAAAGCAAUUUUGGUUGCUGCAAGUUUCAGCAGAGGAUUAGCUGGGAUAAGGGGCUGCUGCACAAAAUUGAUUUUGCCCCCCACUGCUUUUCUCUCAGGGGUGUGUGUAUGUGUGGAGAGGAGAAUACACAGAUUCUGUAUUCUGAAUGUAGCACUGCUGGAUAUUUACUCAACAACUCUUACUGGAAAUCUCUAACAUAAAUCUCUAACAUGUUUUCCAUCCCAGCUUUUUUCAAAGGUGUUGACAUAAAUUGGUGGCAUUUUCAGCUUUGCUCUUUCUCUCUCCUUUUAGGGCUGUAGCAUUCUUUAAAAAUGGGCCGGAUUUUCUUGGAUCAUAUUGGUGGUACUCGCCUGUUUUCCUGUGCAAAUUGUGACACAAUCUUGACCAACCGCUCAGAACUCAUAUCUACUCGCUUCACAGGGGCUACUGGUCGAGCCUUCCUAUUUAACAAGGUUAGUUAAAGAGACCUGCAACUCCUUAAGUGCCACCACACCCUGUUCCUGCAGUGCCUGUUAUGGUGAAACAGAAUUGCACGCUGGAGAACAAUGUGAUGUUAACAGUGGCUGAGGUUGUAGACUGCAUGCUAAGUGGUUAACAAAAUGGGAAAAAGUCAGCCCUCAGUUCCAGAUUUGAAAUGGGAAAGUAAUAAAUGCCAAAGCACUGGAAACAAGAAAGUAAGCAAAGCCAACUUGUGAAAUACUCUUAUCAUCGUCUGAAAAUCAAAGUCACAUUUAUAGGGAACCAACUGGUGAGAGGGAUUAUCAGAGGCCUAUAAUCCAUAGUUCAUUAUAAAACACUAGGCAACUGUAUUAAUUUAAUUAAUAUAAUAUACUGAGUGUUGUCUACCUUUUUCUUUGUAGAGCUCCUUUCAAAUUUCCCCCAAAUCAGUGGUUUGCUGUAUUAGGCUGGGGCAGUUUUAAAACCUGGCACUGUCAGCUUUGGCAGCAGGUGUACUGGUCUGGAUGCAGCCAGAGUGCUUCUUUCACAGAGUGCCCCAGGAAGGUCAUUACUGUUAAUGUGUCCCUGCAGUUAGAGAUGAAGGCUCUAAGCAAUUCCUCUGUAGAUUAACUACAUCUCAAAUUCUUUCUAUCCCUUUUAUCUGCUACAGGUAGUAAAUCUGCAGUACAGUGAAGUCCAGGAUCGGGUCAUGCUCACUGGACGCCACAUGGUUCGUGAUGUGAGCUGCAAGAACUGCAACAGCAAGCUAGGCUGGAUCUAUGAAUUUGCCACUGAAGACAGCCAGCGGUAUAAGGAGGGCCGUGUUAUCUUGGAAAGAGCUCUAGUCCGAGAGAGCGAGGGGUUUGAGGAGCAUGUUCCAUCUGAUAACUCAUGAAUGAACAUCUCAGUUGUCUCCAGGCUUUCUCUGUUGAAACUUUAAAAAGAGAAAAAUCAACAACAAAAAAUAUACUUACAUACACUGUCACCUUAGCAUCAGCGUUGGAUUCAUGAACUAGAGAGUGGGAAAGAUUGUGAGAGAAUUUCAGACGGAACUUUCCUUUAUUUCUUUCUCCUUUUUUAUCCCUUUCAGUUCAUAGGGAAUGUUGAAUGGAUGCUGUAACUUUGCUUUUUCUCUUAAAGUCUCAAAUAUGUAAGCAUUUGAAGUUACAAAUCCUCUGAAAGCAAUUUGGAAUAUUUCUUUCAUUUGAGAGAAUACAGUUGGAUUUUAGCUUGCAAAACCUGUUACAUCAAAAGGAAAAUUUUAAGUGUAGCAAUCUUUUAAUUUAUUUCAAUUUUUUGUCCUUCGUUUUAAUUCGAUUUUAGCCAGACUUUUCACCUGAUCUGCUGGCUUAAGAGGUCCGAAUUUAUGAUGAGUGCUAAAGGUUCAGUGUUUAGUCCAGUUUGUGCUGGCCGUUGAUUCAUAUUCUUGUUGGGGUUCAUUGGUAGUACAGAGCCUGUGCUUGUCUGUACCUUUUUUUUUUUUUGUAACCCAAUUUUUUUUCCAUUCCUCAUUUACCUAAGCACCCCUUCCACCAUAAGGCUGGUGUUGACUUUUUUUUUUAAUAGGGCAAAACUGCUUGUCUUCUCAGUUUCCUGAUGUAACUUACCCAAUUAUAUAGACAAAUGGCUGUCCAGUCUUGUGUUGCUUCAGAACUAUGUAGGUAGUGAUGGGUGGGACUUGAACAGUUGCUGCAGCUUUUUUGUUUUGUUUUUGUUUAUUUGUUUGUUUCUUGGCUGACUUCCUUAAAUAGAAAAGUUGCAACUCCUAAUCUGAGAAUUUCCCUCCUUUUUAAUCCAUAGCUUUGCAUUAGAAACCUAACUAUAAGGAAGAAGGGCAUGCCAGCAUGUACAGCCGUGCAUACAACUAGGCAUCUGAUCUAAAUCUGUUUAAAUGGCUAACAACUUGUCUUCAAAUGCUGCUUCUGAUAUCAAAGCUCUUACUCUUAGUUGCAUCUUUCCAUUGUGGUGCUGCACCUUUACUGCUUUCACCAGCAGAAGUUCAUCUGGCUGUACUUAGUCACAGGUUAUCUGGUGCUUCCUGUAGCAGUUACUUGUGUUGCAAUACUGGAUCUUGCUCACCCGAAAAACCUUUCUGUAGACUCUUUACUCAGGGGUGCCCAAAUGUUGCUGCCAGCAUGGCCUGCCAAGCUACAUUUCUUGGAAGUCCAAGACCUGCAUCUUAAAAAUAUUAAUCACAAUUUUGUACUCUCCUUGUCAGUACAAGUUACUUCCUAGACAAGGUUUUUGCCUUACUGUAAUUGAUCCUGAGCAAUCGGAUAGCACCUGUUAAGUUCUGCCACUGAGCAAGGAAUGCAAAUAAAGCAUCCAUAUAUCUGGAGGAUCAGUGGUCCUUACUUCAGUCCUAACCACACUUGCACAGGCUGGGGCGAGGGGUUGCCUUUGCAAGUGCCUUUAGGAAUACUGUUCCAUGAGCCAUGCCUCCCAUAUAUAACUUUCAGACUGGAUGAGGAGUUGUAUCUUGCACUCCACAUGUGGCAUUCUGGCCAUUGAGCUGUAGUUUGGGCACCCCUCUUAGCUUGAUAAGUAGCUCUAAUAUGCAACUUAGAGGGUCAACAUGUAGAUUUGUGUACUGGAGCUAAGUCAAAUCAGGAUACUUAAACAAUAGUGUACUUGUGCCUCAGAUGAGUAAACUUUACUAUUGAUUUCAGUAGUUCCCGAUUAUUUUAGUAACUUAACUGGCAACUUGUGAUUGGCAGUCCUUGAUGUACUCUACAUGUAUUUUUGAUGUUGCAGUACAAUAAAGUAUGUUUUGUCCUGCAUGGUCUCCAGCUCUAUGCUUCACUGGCAAGAACACUUCUUGAGACUUUUUGUUGUUGUUGCUUGUUUUAGAUAAUACAAAUGUAAGGAAGGAAUGGCAGAGAUUUACAGUGGAAGGAGAUAGCUGUUGUUGUAUAUUGCAACACAGCUUGGUUGGAACAGUCUGCCUGGCUUCCUGUAAUGGAAUCUCUUUUUGGUCUCUCCAGGCCAAAAUAAAACCUUCCUUCUCAGGUGCAAGCUAUGACAGCAAGAAUUUAUUUUGCUUUUUAAAGGGUGCGUUAUUACAAGUAGGUAAAGCAACAGGGAUUGCUGUUUUCAGUGGAGUAGGGUGCAUAGCAGAUUCAUUUCUAUUUAGACAGUACAUACCUUUUUGACUACAAACAUGCAUCUGUUAAAAUUGUCCACCUUCCGCUCCUCCUCAGAAUCGGAUGCUGUAGGAUGAUCAGCUGUUCUGUUUGACAGUUUGGUUCCAUAUAAUAAAAUUUCUUACUUCAGAUUGCCAUAGCUUUCUAGAAUCAUACUCAACAACCAUAAAUGCAUCAAUAAAUGAUAUUAUAAUAUCCCACUUGCGAUUCCCAGCAACUGGUAUUCUGAGGUAUACUGCCUCCAGCCUGGAGAACAUAGCUGUUGUUGCCAGUAGCCACUGAUAGCCUUAUACACCAUGAGUUUUUCUAAUCCUCUUAAUGCCAUCCAAGGUGGUGGCCAUUACUUUUAUUUGUUUCAUAAGUGUCUCAAUCACUAUUCAAAAUGUAAUAUCCUGCCCCCUUACAGUGGUUUGCCACAUGUAUAAUAAUGUAAAACCAUAUAAAAUAUAAACGAGACCUAGAUGUGCCUUGAGUAGAUUGCAGCAUCUAUUGUUCCCGUUUCCAUCAUAUACUCUGGAGGUUUGGUGGAGAGAGACAGAAAGAGUUGUUGUGGGUCUGCUGCAAAGUUUUCCAGAGCAUAACCCAACUAAUGCAUCCAGGGGUGCAAGGCACAGCACUAGCUGAUUGGUACCUGAGGCUGUCCUGUUUUGGUACACAGGAAAACCUGUCCCUUUGGCUUUAUAAUGUAGCAAUGGGGAAGCAGUACAUCUGCUCAAGGCCAGAAUACAAGAGCCCAACAGGGAUAAACAUCUUACCCAGCAAAUAAAUGUUUGGGAACAAAAAAUAUCAGCUGGAACCCCCGAUCCAAGAGUGAGAUAGUGCAGGGAUAGCUGGAAAAACAACAGCUUGUGCCAAAUCAACCAGCUGUGUUUUUUUUUUUAAAAAAUAUUUGAUUGAAUUGUUAUGUCCACUUAGGGAAGAUUGAAAAUAAUGCUAAUAAAAGGAAGGAGUCCUUGGAUGUGGCAUACAUUAGGGCUUGGAAAGCUGAUUCAUUUCUGUACCGCACAGCUAAAGCAGAGGAAAUCCACUUAAUGGAUUUCUGUUCUCAGGCCUGUAUGUAAUAGCUCAUUAGAGGAAAUACUCCAUGCCAACAUUUUGGAGCAGCUUCAGCACUACACAGUAAGAUGCAGUGCCAUAUUUCUCUGCGUGCUUAUUAGACAAGACAGCAGUGGGAUGCUUCCUUUGGAUCUGCACUGAAAAAUAACUGUAAAUAACAAUCUUGAGGGUUUCCAGAGUAGUAUUCCUCUUAAGUCUUGCAGAAAAGGAAGUCUUAUGGCGUCUCAAAGCUGCUAUUUUUGGUGAAAAACAUAUACCCACAAUUUUAGGUUGUGCAGUUAUAGCUGAUUGGGAGAAUUUGCAUGGCAAACCCUACUUUCCCCCCAAAGACUGAACUAUUUGCAAUAAGGAAAAAGAUUGGAAAAUCCACUGGGAUAGCACUUGUUUUGAUGCAAUGUCAUCUCGCCUUCCUACAAACAAAUUGGGAUGAAUGUUCAUUAAAUAGAGUUUAUUAAUGCUUAAUAAACAGGUCAUCUGGAAGCAAAGGAUUUAAUAUGGCAUGAGCUUUUAUAGAUGAGUCUACUUUGUUAGGUGCAUGGAGUGUUAUCCUGAGUUACAGGUAUGUAUACAGAUGGUUUGGGAGGGGGAGGUGUAAAAAGUGAGGACAGAAGCAAAUGAAUGGCAGGCACUGCUAAUUAGGUAGAUAAUUUUGGCGAUGCUGGUGGUGUAAUUUUGUAUUCUAAAUUGUCUUAAAAGUCAAAACUGAAAACUAGUUCCCAGACUGAGUACAAUUGAUAUGCAGACCUUUCUGCUAAAAGAUGCAGAAGUGAUGAAUACUUUUAAGUGAUUUUAAGGAAAGACUAGAGUUUCUUCCAGACAUUCAUAGUAAAGUAGGAAUUUAUGUUUUGCGCUUAACGGGAGGAAUUCAGUAUUUCAAUCUUCUGAUUGUUCCAGUGGUGCAAACGUUUCUGCUUGUCAGGCAGAACAAUAUUUCAUCUUUCCACCCUAUGCAGUGUGCUGAGGGUUCCCCCAACUCCCCCUCCCGAACCACUUGUGGGGGGAGGGGAGGAGGGGAAGUCCUGUUGCACAAGUGAAAGUCUUCCCACCCUUAAAGUGGAUCAAAGUGUUCUAAGGACUUCAUUUGGGAGACUUGCCAGAGCAGGGUGAAAAAUAGCAUGCAAUUGUAUGCCCUCCUGUUCUCUUAGUAGAUCAGAAGUUGACUCAAAAGCCCUUCUGUGAGCACAAUGGCAUCAACUAGGCUCUACCCAAAGUGACUGGGGGAUCACUUUCAUAUUUGGAGUACCUUUAAAAGUCAAUUAGAAAACUAGUUGUAAAGGCCAGGAAAUUAAUGUAUGGUGCCUUUUCAGUUAAAACAAAUUAGAUAUAAAGAAGGAUGCAGUUGUGAUGGGGCUGGCAGCGGGGAGAAGGCCCAGAUUUGUGGGCUGGGCUGGGCAUUUUGCCUACUGUGGCAAAAAGGCUUGGUCCAGCCCCAUGCACAAUUGAACAGCUAACUGUC